AAGAUAAAAUAAAAUAGAUAGAUAAAAAAAAGUUUCCAUCUCUGUUUUUCUCUGUCGCAAAUCGAUCUCAACGAGCGAACUUAGAAUAAGAAUCAUAAUAUUUUGCUGCAUUUUAGAAGUCAAUCCGUGGUCAAUUAACGAAGAAUUUGCAUCGCCAGGUGCCUAUUAUAAAAAAAUGUCCACUUACCAAGCGGAGGAGGAUGGUGCUGCAUACAUGGACCAUGUUGAUGAUGAUAUGGAUGAUGUAGACUACUUUAAUGGGGAUGACAUGCCUGCAUCCGACUCUGAUGUUGACGAAUUUGACUACUCUAGUAACAAAAUAGCGGAUACUUCAGCUGAGCAAGCCAGGAGAGGGAAAGACAUUCAGGGUAUUCCUUGGGACAGACUAAGUAUCACCAGAGAGAAAUAUAGACAAACUAGACUUCAACAGUACAAGAACUAUGAAAAUGUUCCUAAUUCUGGUGAUUCCUCCGGGAAAGAUUGCAUGGUCACACAGAAAGGGGCCUUCUUUUAUGAUUUCUGGCGUAAUUCAAGAUCUAUCAAAUCAAGUAUUCUUCAUUUCCAGUUGAGGAAUUUGGUUUGGGCAACUUCUAAGCACGAUGUCUACCUUAUCUCUCAAUUUUUGGUUAGCCACUAUUCUACUUUGACAUCUGGCAAGCAUGAAGUUCUCAACGUUCAGGGUCAUGUUUCCCCAUCCGAGAAACAUCCUGGAAGUUUUUUGGAGGGAUUUACCAAGACGCAAGUUAGUACACUUGCUGUGAGAGAUGAAUUUUUAGUUGCUGGUGGGUUUCAUGGAGAACUUAUAUGCAAGCAUCUUGAUAGACCUGGUGUGAGCUUUUGUUCCCGUACAACUUAUGAUGAUAAUGCUAUCACUAAUGCAAUUGAGAUUUAUAACAAACCCAGUGGCGCACUUCAUUUUACCGCCUCAAAUAAUGAUUGUGGAGUCAGAGAUUUUGAUAUGGAGAGAUAUCAGCUUGUUAACUAUUUUCGCUUUCCUUGGCCAGUCAAUCACACAUCUCUGAGUCCUGAUGGUAAAUUAUUGACGAUUGUGGGAGAUAAUCCAGAGGGCCUUCUCGUAGACCCCAACACAGGAAAGACACUGGGAACGCUUGCAGGACAUCUGGACUUCUCCUUUGCAUCUGCAUGGCAUCCAGAUGGGCUCACUUUCUCCACAGGUAACCAAGACAAGACCUGUCGGGUUUGGGACGUACGUAACCUGUCUAAGUCUGUUGCUGUCUUGAGGGGUAACCUCGGAGCGAUCCGAUCCAUCCGCUACACAUCCGAUGGGAAAUACAUGGCCACGGCUGAGCCGGCUGACUUUGUCCAUGUGUACGAUGUCUCAAAAGGGUAUGAAACAGAGCAAGAGAUCGAUUUCUUUGGGGAGAUAUCGGGAAUCUCCUUUAGCCCUGACACAGAAGCGCUCUUCAUCGGUGUUUGGGACCGCACUUACGGUAGUCUCCUUGAGUAUGGCAGGCGUCACAACUACUCCUACCUUGAUUCAUUUCUAUAACCAAUUCGACCCAUCAUAAGAAUAAAAGAGCUUGCACUCUCCCGUUGGCUCUGUUAACCAACAGAAGAAAAACAUGAUAGUAUAAUCAAAUAUUUAGUGGUGUAAAUGAUGUGUUGUGCAAGUACUAGGAUGUUACAGAGAGUCGAUUUAGUUAUAGCCCUUGAAUGUUGUUGAGGUUCUCAUGUAUGUGUACAUAAGUGUUGAGUUUCA